AUGGCGCUUUCUUCUCGCGUGAACUGCCCGGGUUCCGAGGCCGCCGACACAGAGCCCCAUUUUUCCGGGCGACGUGGAGUCCGAAUGGGACUACGAGUGAUUUUGGUUUUUGUGAGCACGUUCCUGCUGCUAGACUCUCUAUCGUUUCCCGGAUGCAUACGCGCGCUGGCUUCCGAUUCAACGAACCCAUCUUGUGAGACAGAAGGGGCUGUGACUAAGUGCACUUGCACAAAAACUGAAGAGAGUGACACGGUACUCACAGCAACUCUCUCUGAAAAGAAAAACGUCCUUGAAAUUGCAUGCAAAAAAGAGCAGCUGAAAUGCGCUCCCGAUGACCUCGCGACCAACGAGGUCUGCCCUUCAACCACAGCCACCCUGAAGGCUUGCAAAAAAGCAAAAAGAGGACCCACUGCGUCGUUCGACAUCAACACCCUCCUCAGCGGUUCCCCAAAAGACGUAUCCUGGCGUAAUUGUGACGACGCGACGUGCACGACUAAGAAGUUGACGAUCCCUCCUGAAAAUUUCCCCUUUGUCGACCAACAGUUCAUUGUCGGCUGCGUAGAUAAGAGCGCUUCUAAAGACACAAUGAAGGUGACAGUGACGCUGCAAGCGAGAGCGAGUGCGACGGACGAACAGACUGUCAAAUGUGCGUACGGACAGAAUAGCAAUCCAACACACCAAGCCGUCACACUGAGUCCGGAGAAGAACAGCUUCACCCUGGUCUGCGGCGACGAGGGAGAAGUUCUGCCGACAAAUUACAAAGAGGCGUACUGCGUGAGUGAAACCGGGAGGGAAGCAUCCGAGUCCUGCAGUGGGGCGUACGAAGGUAUUUUCGCGAAUUACGAAGCGACCUGGUGGACACAAACGGCAAACACCGACGAGUACAAGUUCACGAUUCCAGAAGGGCAAUUCCCGGCAGAGGAACAGAAGAUCACUGUUGGCUGUCAAAAGAAGACAGCCACUGAGCCCGGAAACCACAAGAAGGAAGGGGAUGAAAAUGAUUCGAGUGUGUGCAGUGUUGACGUGACGAUUGUGGCAUCUGCAGCAUCAUCUGGGGUGUUGACGAGUGGCAUGGCCGUUAUGUUGCUGUCGUUGGCGGCAGUUUUCUCCACACCUCUACUGUAG